AUGGAUACCAAGACAUACGACAUCACGCACUCGGAAGACGUCGCGGCCGGACGGCAGCAACAGCACGAAUAUGGCGACGUUCAGGGCACCGCACGCAUACACGCAUCGCGCAUGGAAGAGGCUCUUCUGCAAGAGAAGCCGAGACCACUGCGCAAGAGUUUCCUGAAACUGUAUGCCUGUAUCUUCGUGGCAUAUUUAUGUUCGGCGACCAACGGUUUUGAUGCAAACACAUUUGGCGGGCUGUCCGCGAUGCCACCGUUCAUCGACUUCUUCGGCAUCAAUUCCAACAACCAAGGCUUGAUUGCGGCACUGUAUGUCAUUGGCAAUGUGGCUGGCUCUUUUUUCGCCGGACCAUGCUCGGACAAAUACGGCCGGAGGGUGGGUAUGGCCAUCGGCUCAACCGUCUGCAUCGUCGGCACUAUUCUGCAAGCAGCUGCCCAAAACCUCGCGACACUCGAGGGUGGAAGGUUCAUUCUUGGAAUGGGCGCUGUCCUCGUGCAGACCGCUGGUCCAAGCUAUGUCGUCGAAAUGGCAUACCCGAAGUAUCGUGGACAGCUCACAGGCGGCUUUCAAGCUUGUUUCUUCCUGGGCACCAUUAUCUCGACGUGGCUCGAGUAUGGACUGUACUACAUCAACACCAAGUCGUCGUAUAUAUGGCGACUCCCCCUGGCGGUGCAGGGCCUCCCGUCCAUAAUCAUCCUUUGCUGCGUCUGGUUCAUUCCGGAGACGCCUCGAUGGCUCCUAGCUCACGACCGAAUCGAAGAGGCGAAAGCCGUGCUUGUGAAGUACCACGGCGACGGCGACCGGGACUCGGUUGUCGUGCGGGUCGAGCUCGAAGAGAUGAUGGAGGUCAUCCGCAUGGACGGCGCCGACAAGCGCUUCUGGGAUUUCCGCGAACUCUUCAACACGAGGGCCGCACGAUAUCGCACGUUCCUGGUCACCUGCAUCGCCUGGUUUGGUCAACUCGAUCUCCCACCGACGAGCUACUACUUCCCGCUCAUGGCGAAGACGGCUGGCAUCACCAGCGUGCACACGCAACUAUUGCUGAAUGCGCUUCAGACGCCCAUCAUGAUGGUCGCGGCUCUCUGUGGCCUGCGGUUCGUCGAGAAGCUGGGUCGUCGCAAGGUCUUGAUGGUUUCUAGUGCUGGCAUGUCCGCAUCGGUCGCGAUCAUCACUGCCUGCACCGCCAACCAGGCAGGGAAGCCAGCGGUGGGCGCCACUGGCGUGGCAUUCCUCUACGUCUUUCUCGUCGUCUUUGCCUUUGCGUGGACGCCGAUGCAGUCGCUCUACCCAGCUGAAGUCCUGACAUUUACCGCACGGGCCAAAGGCAAGUCCCUCACUCCAUUCCAUUCACCUCUCGCCUUUCUCGCGCCACAUUUUCUCUCUACUCUGCAAGGCUGA